UCACUUGCACCCUGAACAAUCGCACAGUCUUGACUUAAUUUUUAUCAUUCAGCUUAAAAAAAAAUUUAUUUUUUCAAUCACAGAAUUAAAAUAGAAACACAGCUAUCAAUAAUAAUAUACUAAAAAAAAUCAAAAGACAAUUAUUUAUUGUGAAAAAUAAAUAUUUUGUUUGGUUUUUUUUUUUUUUUUUGUUUUAAUUAUAGUAAUUUGUUAUAAAUAAUUAUUAUUUUUGAAAAAAAUAUAUUUUAAAAUGGAUCUUAAAGUCAGUAUUCUUGGAUUUAUUUUGUUAAUUUUUAUUAUGGCUAAAAAAACAAGUGCCGGGCCUUACUUUGAUGAUGAUGUCGAGGGUUUGCCAGUUGAAGCAUCUGAUUAUUCCGACAAUGCAUUGGAGGAUUUAAUGCGUGCUGCCCAACAAAAACGUUCCCAACGUGUAUAUGUAUAUAGGCGUGGCUGUGUUCGUCGUGAUGGUAACUGUGAUCAUCGACCAAAUGAUUGCUGCUACAGUUCAUCAUGUCGUUGCAAUUUGUGGGGUUCAAAUUGCCGUUGUCAACGCAUGGGUCUAUUCCAAAAAUGGGGAUAAAUUAUUAAAACACAAAAAUACACCUUGAAGAUGAUACAACAACACAACUGUCUUCAAGUACAUCCAACUUCUUUAAUUUUAUAUUUUUUAAAUAAUUUUUAAUCCAGGAUUAUAUUGUUUUUUUUCUAAAAACUAAAAAAAGUACAUCAAUUUUUUACAUAUAAUUAUUUAAUUAUUUAUUUAUUUAUUUUUUCAAUUAAAUUAACACUUUAUAAUUUGAUUGAAUUUAUCUGAUGAUUAUAAACUGGCUAUAAAAUAAUAAUUUAAAAUUUAUAACAUACAACUACCUCUGAUUCACAACGAAAUAAUUCAUCUGUGCCAGAAUAGAUUUUUUUUUUCAAUAUAAUUUAACAAUAUUAUCACUAUUAUUUAUCAAAAUAUAAUAAUCAUUAAUAAAUAAUUGUAUUAUUGUCUAAAAUACUGGUGCUAUAUGAAAAUACUAUUUAAUUCAAAUAUAAAAUGAAAUUACAAAUCAAAUUAUUAAUUUAUUAUUAAAUUUAAGAAAAAAAAAAAAAAUAUAUGUCUGAAUAUUUUUUAGUUUCCAAAUUAUCAUUGUCUUGACGACUACAAAUUAAAAUACAUACGGGUUUUAUGUAUAUUAUUUAUGUGUGUAAAUGUGUGUGGGUAUUUUGUAUGUGACUUUUUGGUUCCAUUACUACUUGUACGUUUGCCAAGCUGAAUGCAGAUACGCCUCAAAGAAUACAAUAAAUGAGACAAGAUAAAGGACAAAGACUUAAAUUUCAUCAUGAUAUACUCAAUUGUUUAUUAUUACUUUGAAAAACUUUAUAUAAACUUUGCUUUUGAAAAUUAUUUUGUCAAAUAAAUUAUUUCUCUUUUUCAAAAAAAUUAAUUUUUAUAUUUUUUUAAAAAUAAAUUGCGAAUAAUUCUAGUCGAGGCUGGUCAACUAGAAUUAUAAUUUUUUCAAUCAAUUAUCAAAUAGUAUUUAUAAUUAAUUUAAAAAAAAAAAAAUUAAAAAUAUUUUUUUCCUAGUUAUUUGGUUUUGUUGUACUUUGAAAAAAAAAAAAGAAAUAUGUAUCUUAAAAAUAUAAUGAUAAUUAUCAUGGUAUAGACUUAUGUAAAUGUAUCAAUAUGUAUUAAUUUUUACCAAUUGGAAAUACCAAUAAAUAGCAAAUUCGAAAAUGAAUAUAAUUUGAAAAAAAUUCUAGGAGAAUGUAAAAACAGAGUGACAGUAUUUUGUGACAAUUCAAUAAUAUAAUUUAAAAAAUAAAAAUAAUGUACUUUUCGCUACAACUGUAUUGCAAUUAAAAUUAGUUAUUAUUA